AUGGCCAACGAGAAUAAAGCUAGUAGCGCGGGAGGUUCGCGUGUAGCGACGAACUUUGGUACGUUCGACAAUUACGUCGCGAACGACGAUUUCGAAGUGUAUGAGGAAAGAUUGAACCAACAUUUCCUUCUUCAUGAUAUCCCGGAUAACAGAAAAGUACCAUUUCUACUGACACAUGUGGGAAUGGAUACGUACGCCAUUUUGAAAAAGCUGUUGCAGCCAGAUAGUCCAAGUACGAAAACGUACGACGAAUUAGUAUCGACGCUGAAAAAACAUUUUAAACCAGAAGUGAAUAAAGUGUCCGAACGUUAUCGAUUUCACCAGGCAGAUCAGAAAGCUGGUCAAUCGGUCACGGAAUACGUAGUGGAACUGAAAGCACUCGCCGAAAAGUGUUACUAUGGUGACUUCUUGACAGAGGCACUUCGUGAUAGAUUUGUGUUCGGAAUCUACGAUGGCAGGCUCCGUACACACCUGCUGAAGCAAAAAGACGUUACGUUCGACAAGGCAGUUGAAGAAGCCUUGACGUGGGAAUUAGCCGAAAAGGACAAUAAAGUACGCGAAAAUGUGCUGAGUGCCCACGUGGUUAGAUCGAACAAACAGUUUCGUGAAAGAAGUAGAAGUCGACCGAAAUAUGUUGGACAGAAAAGUCUGAAGAGAAAAACGUGUGAUAAAUGCGGUCGCGAUCACGAUCAUGGGAAGUGUCCAGCAAGGAAAUGGAAGUGCUAUGGAUGUGGCAAACAAGGUCACGCGGCGAACAUGUGUUACUCGAAGAGUUCCAGGUUAGGUCGAGGCUCCAGUCAAGAGUCCAGAAGAAACCAAACCGUUGGAGUAGUUGGUGCCGGAGAUGAGUUGGCGACGGAGAUCGCUAGUUUACGCAUGCAGCUGAAUGCAGUUAACGAUGGAAUAGCGGCCAGGUUGGAGCGAAGCAUGGUGAUAACGGAGACGCUGUUCGUGGAAGGUCAUCCAGUAGUAUUUGAAGUUGAUAGUGGGGUUUGUGCUACAGUGAUUAGUGAUAACCUAUAUCGGAAGCAAUUUUCUCAUUUACCGAUUUUUAAAAUAGAAAAUGAUUUUUCGACUGUAACGGGUCAGGGAAUAAAAAUUAUCGGUGGAAUCAGUGCACAAGUGUCCAAGGAUAGGUGUGGCGCAGAUAAAAAAUUAGUGCUUGUGGUGAUCGAAAGUGAAAAAUCUUUCAGACCACUUCUAGGUCGCACGUGGAUGGACGUACUAUGGCCAUGCUGGAGAGAAGCGUUUCAGGAAAAAACCGUGAGCAUGAAUUCUCUUGAAAAUUCAAUUGUCGAUUCAAUACGCAAAAUGUAUCCCCAUGUCGUAUCGUCAGACAAUACUCCCAUCCGCGAUUUUGAAGCCGAGAUAAUCAUUGAAAACAAUGUGAGUGCCAUAUUCCAUGCAGCUUAUUCUCCUCCUUUUCAACAGCGUCCAGCGAUAGAAGCUGAACUGAAUCGUCUUUGUGACGAGGAAAUUUUGAAAAGAGUGUCUCACAGCAAUUGGGCAUCUCCUAUUGUUGUGGUUCCCAAGGUCAACGGGAAGCUGCGUCUGUGUAUUGAUUGCAAAGUAACAAUCAAUCCCCAUUUACGUGGAGGCGAUCUGGCGUAG